AUGAAUAACAAGUCCCUUGACCAGAUGCCUACCACGAAGUUAAUUACUAUGAUAGUAAAACAUGUUAGACUUCCGUUUUAUGAUUCAAAUAAUAAUACUUCUUGUGCUUUUGACAUUAUUCAUGCUGAUUUGUGGACAUCUUCUAUUCGGAGCAUUAAUGGUCAUAAAUAUUAUUUGAUUCUUCUUGAUGAUUUUACCCAUUAUAUGUGGGCCAUCCUUCUUGCUUAUAAAUCUCAAGUCUUCCAAUGCUUUAUACACUUUAGACAAUAUGUGCAGACAGUGGCGGAUCCAAGAUUUUGUGAGAGUGUUCGAUUUCCCGACGAUUUGUACUGUAUUUUUCAGAUUAUGGAUGGACAAUCAAAUGUUAUGGAUAGUAUUCGUAGUAAUGAGUGCAAUGAGACUAAUGAUGUACCAUUAGCGGGUUAUGAGCCAAAUGAUGAAGAGGAUUGGGAGGGGUUUGUGGAUAAGAAAGAUACUACUCAUACUAGCAAAGAAGUUAGUUCUAGUACUUCCACAAAAAGUAAGAAAAAGACUUCUGAUGUAUGGGAUUGUUUUGAUAUUGUUAUAAUCAAUGGUAUAGAAAAGGCUCAAUGCAAGUAUUGUAGAAGUGCACUCUCUUACAAUGGAAAUAAUGGAACUUCUCACCUUCGGAAACAUGCUUUAAAGUCAUGUUCGGGAAAACAUUUGAAGCUUGCGGCUGGUCAAUCACAAUUGAAAGUUAAGACCGAAGUUGACGGGACUACUUCUUUGUCUCUUAAGGAAAAGAAAAAGAAAGUGACAUUUGAUCAAGAUGUUUCAAGGCGAGAGUUGGUUAAGAUGGUAGUAAUACAUGAGUAUCCUUUGUCAAUUGUGGAUCAUAUUGGUUUUAGGAGCUUUGUUAAAAGCUUAAAUGAUAAUUUCAAGUUUAUUUCAAGGAACACAUUGAGGAAUGAUGUGAUGAGAAUGUACAACAAUGACAGAAGUUCUCUUAAGGAGUUGUUAGAGGCUAAUGAGGGUAGAGUGGCUAUAACAACCGAUAUGUGGACCGCCUCCAACCAAAAGAAGGGGUUUUGUUUUGUGCCAUGUCCACAUACAAAAGGGGUUAUUGCUAAGGUUUUAAUGGAUACUUUGUCUCAAUUCUCUUUGGAAAACAAAAUUUCUUCUAUUGUCCUUGAUAAUUGUACCACAAAUGAUUCUAUGAUCAAUGUCUUGUUGGAGAAAUUAGAAAGUAGUUGUUUGGUAUUAGAUGGAGAAUUUUUGCACAUGAGAUGUAGUGCUCAUAUUCUAAACUUGAUUGUGAAAGAUGGUUUAGAAGUGAUUGAUCAUGCAAUUGUCAAAGUAAGAGAGUGUAUAGCAUUUUGGAUGUCUACUCCUAAAAGGAUUAAAAAAUUUGAGGAAGCUUGUCGUCUUUUGAAUGUGACUAAACCUAAAAGAGUGGGUCUUGAUUGUAAAACUAGGUGGAACUCUACAUACUUGAUGCUUGAAUCUAGUUUACCUUUCAAGGAAGUUUUUAAUAAGUUAAAACGUUUGAAUAAAAAGCUUAAGUUUUCUGUUCCAAGUGAGGAUGAUUGGACUAUGACUACUCUUGUUUGUCAAAAGUUAGAAAUAUUCUACAAAGCUACCAAGGUUUUUUCUAUUAGAAAUCAACCAACUGUUAAUUUGCUUUUUCGAAUUGUUUGUGGCAUCAAACUUGCUUUAGAUCGUUGGGUGCAAAUUGAUAAUGAUGAGGUUAUUAGGAGAAUGGCUAAGAGUAUGGUUGAAAAAUUUGACAAAUAUUGGUCACAUAUUAAUGGGAUUUUGGCUAUUGCUGCCAUUUUAGAUCCUAGAAACAAAAUGGAUUGUGUGGUCCAUUAUUUUGGAAAAUUAUAUGGAGAUGGUGCUAAUAGUGAAAUAGCAAGAAUAAGAAAGACCCUUGAUGAUCUUGUUUCUGAGUUUCAAAGUAAGAAUGAGGUAGUUAGUGAACAAUCAUCAUUAAUGAGAGGGUUUUACGAGUGUGGUGAAGAAGAAGAUGAUUUUGCAAUAUCUAAGAGACUCCUUUGA